CGUGGUCUGCGGACGAAAAGAGUUCGCACAGACUAAAACAAACCCCAACAAUGAACACUUUUGAAAAGCAGCUGGCGGAGAUUAUACACGAACACCCAAAUCUGUACGACCAGUCCCGGCGGGACUAUAAAGACAACCUGAAGGCGUACAUGUCGUGGAAAGAGAUCGCACUUGCCAUGGGAAAGUCUGAAGAAGCGGUGAAGCUGAAAUGGAAAAAUCUGCGGGACAAGUUCUGCAAAGCGAAGAAGCGGAUGGCGAAGAGAAACCAGCCGCUGCUCACAGACGACGAGAACUCGGUGGAGAGGCCCGUCCCGGUGCUCUACAACCAGCUCGCCUGGCUCACUCCCUACGUUAAACCUAGAGUAAGAGCUGGCAUGGGAGACACUGCCGAGAUAACUGGAAGUGGAGAUGACAUGGAGAAAGAGCAAGAUAAAGAUCAGAAGGAGCAGCAUGUUCCCCUGCCUGUCGUCAGCACUAGUUUCCCUCUUGUGGAGUCCUGUCCAACCAGCCAUGAUGAGAUGGGAGUUUCUCUCAAACGUAAAAGGCAAUCAAUCACAGAAACUGAUAUAAGUUCUGGAGAUGCCCUUACCAACCUCAGAGAUGAAGAUGAACUGUUUUUGCUCAGCCUCCUGCCCUCGCUGAAGAGGCUCACCAUUAAAAAAAGAAUGGAGGUGCGGAUGAAAUUCCAGCAAGUGCUUUAUGCUGCAGAGUUUGAGGACUGAAGAGUUAAUUUAAAGG